UCCUCCGCGGUCCACGGUAUGGUCACACCGCCUAUGACGAAUUCACAAAACAAAUAAUAAUAAUAAUCAAAUUUGGCCUUAAAUAAUGAACAACUAACGCGAUCCAAGUCAACCUACGUGGAGAAGGUGACCCACAUGCUGUAGCAUGGACAAACUCCGCGGCGGUAGCCUGGUCGGCGGUGGAUCCUCCAGCGGGAAUUCUGGUUCGGAGCACCACCAACUGGAGCAGUACCCCAAAAACCUGAUCGAGCAAUAUCUUAGGGCCUCCAGCAAGAUCAAGAAGUUCGAGCGGGCCGGCUUCUUUAAACGCUUUGCGCCCAGCGUGGUCGAUGUGCAGGCGGACUUCCAGCGACUGGCCUACAGCUUCGAGGAGUCGGGCAUCCAGCAGUACGCGGCCAUGUGCCACAUCGGCUUUGCCAAGUGCGAGUCCUACGGCGGCGCCCCGCAGCGCGAAUCGGAGGCCUACCUGCGGGCAGCGCGGUCCUUCCUGGCGGCACACAACGAAUCUGGCCAGCUGCACCUGCGCACCCGGCACUCGGGCUUCCGGGAGGGGGCCCUGCACUGCUAUCACCGUGCCGCGGAUCGAGCGGUGGACGAGGGCGUCUUCAAGGCGGCUAUCCUACGAGAACUGAAGCAGCUGCAGCGCCAACUGGACAGCACCAGCAGCUUCGCCUCGCCCACCCAUCAGAUCCACGACCUGGAGAUCAGCGCCGACACAUGUGGUCAGCGCGGCGACUUCCGGAGUGCCCUGCAGCACUACGACGACAUUGUGGACAAUGUUUACGAGCGACGCGGGGCUCGCAUGUACGGGGAUCUCUUGCGGCGCGUUGAGGUACUGCGUCUGCUGCUCCUGGUCCAUUUGAAUCUGCCGCCCGCCCGCCAGUCACCUGCCCACAUUAAGCUGAUUGAGUACUACUACAAUCUGGCCCAGUUUGAGGCGCGUCCCAGCUCGGCGGACGAUGGUGGUUCGGUGGAGCGUCCGGGUGCGUUUGUGCCGGAGCAGCAGCAGUACGCGCUGGCGGAGAUUACGUGUGCCUGGGUGGAGCGCAAGAUGUGCGAUCUUAAGCAUCUGCUUCGCGACUUUGGAUCGGAGUUUGGAGCUCUGAGUGACGUGGAAAGACAGCUUCUGACGGUCAUGCAUGUGGAACUGUCCAGGAGCUACUAGAUUAUGGACUAAGGGAUCUUACUGUACAUUAUAUACUAUUGGGUCAUUACCACUGAAUAGCACAUGUUAAGCACUAUCGCUUAAGUGUAACCAAGUCUACCAACUAACCUUUGAACGUGCCUACACGCAUAAAAAACAAAUAAACAUUAAUUAACGAAAGACCAGGUGAAUGCAGCAAUAAAGAGACGGUGCGAAGCGCAAUGGAAUGUAAUAACGUUUAAGAAAACCAGUUUGAGAUUUGUACAAUAAAUAAAGAAAUGCGAAUGGAGAUUAAGAGGACCA